AUGGCCUCCGCCUUCUUCUUCGACGCCGAGCCGGUGUGCGAGCUUCCCAGCCUGCCGCCCACGCUGGACGCAUGCGCGCUCUGCGCCAAGCCGCUGGGGCGCGACUGCGACAUCUUCAUGUACAGAGGGACGCGCCCUUCUGCAGCGAGGACUGCCGCGGCGAGCAGAUGCAGCUCGACGCCAUCCGCCGCAGGCGGGCCGCCGCACGGAGGCAGCAGCAGCAGUACUCCUCCAGAACGGAGUCCAGGCACCGGGAGUCCAGGAAGGUGUCUGUGGCGACAUGAACGGCCGGAGCCUGCGUGA